AAUUUUCCACCCACUCCCACUGACCAUGUAAACAACUAAAUUAUAUCCUGUUAUUCGAUAUUUAUGUGUUGACAGUUGUUACAAUUUAAAACAAUGGCUGUUUUUGAAAAGAAAUUGUCACAGAAAUUGUCAAUCGAUGACACUGUUGCAUUGACAUGUGUAAUUGAAGCUGCACAAAAAUCAGCAGAUCACAUGGUAUAUAGUGUGAGAAUUCAAUAUGGACCAAAACCUGAAAAUAGCUGGACAUUACAGAAACGUUACAGUGAUUUUGUAGCAUUAGAUACAGAGCUCAAAAUAGCAAAUAUUGAUGUACAACUGCCACCCAAAAAAGUCUUUGGAAAUUUUGAUAGGGAAUUUGUAGCUGAAAGACAACAAGGUCUUCAGAAAUAUAUUGAUACCAUUCUUGGUCAUCCUUUACUGGCUAACAGCCAAGCUGUGAAGAAAUUCCUGAGUCCAGACAAUUAUACUCUAAACCAGACAGAGAUUGCAUUGCAGCAUGUUUCUAUGGUGUUUAGGUCUGAAAACAAAUGGGAUGUGAUAGAAUCAUUACCAGAUAUAGGAUGGAGGUUAAGAAAAGAAUAUAUUUUAGUGAAACCAAUAGAUCAACCAAAAAUUAAAGAAAUUUUGACAUGGUGUGACUAUGGUCCUGACAAAUUUAUGCCAGAGAAGGAGCUGGCAGCUGUACUGAGAAUUUUCCCAUCUAUACAACAUCCAAAUAUUUAUCCUGUGACCUUUGCUACUGCCAAUGAAAGUGGAGGACUUUUAAUACAAAGUUUUUGUGAAAAAGGAACAUUAAGAGAUCUUAUUUGUAAAUGUAAACCAAAGAUUCAUUACUUGAAAAAAUAUGGAAAUCCCAAAUCUUACUCACUAUUAGAACCUGUGGCAAUUAAAACAUUUGGCAAACAGAUACUCCUGACUUUGAAAUUUUUACAAGAAAAAUGCAUUCCUUACGGUCAUUUACAUGCUGGAAAUAUCAUAGUUGAAGGUCAAGUGUGUAAAUUUCUUGAUCUUCAAAACUGGUUUCUAGGGUUACCAUCAUAUUACAGACCAUCUUUUGUACAGUUUAAAAAGAUUCAGACAACAGAAUCCAUUGAUGUAUAUUGUUUUGGACAGUUGUUGUAUGAGAUGACUUUUGGUUCUCAGCUGUAUGCUGCCACAUGUGAUAAUUUUCCUCCGUCCUGCCCUCCACAGAUUAGAUCUGUUUUGGAGUCUAUUUUAACCUCUGAGGCAUGUAAAAAUGGUUUACCAACAGUAGCAGAUUUACUGUCUCAUCCACUAUUUUCAGACAUAACACUGCCAUUAAUGGACAAACCAAUACUCAAAAUUCCAAGUAAAUUAAAAGAGUUCAUCAGAACAGCAAAAGAUGAAGUGGAAAAGAGGCUACAUGAUGAGCAAAAAGUGAUACAUAAAAUUAAGAGAAUGUCCAAAGCUAAAGAAUUCCAUAUGUCAGAGGAAGAAAAGAAGAAGAGAAGGAAGUCAAAGAAAAAAGCAAUGGAAAAUGGUCAACCAGAGCUAUCUUCAUCCUCAACAGCAGUGCCAUCUAGUGAGAAUCCUACAUCACCAGCAACACCCACAACUCCUGCUGCACCAGCUCCUCCAGCUGCCCCUCCAGCACCUCCUGCCCCACCCCCUCCUGGUGCUCCACCACCCCCACCCCCUCCACCAGGGGCUCCAGCUGCCCCUCCUCCUCCCCCUCCACCAUCUGGACCGGCAGCACCCCCACCUCCAGCAUCCAAUGAAAGAGGAGCUCUUCUUGGAUCUAUACAGAGUUUCAGUAAAGGUGGACUCAAGAAGGCAGUGACGGUAGAUAAAAGUGCUCCAAAGGUUUAGGAGAAAUACAGAGUAAUCAGUAUUGAAGACAUUACCUACAAAGUAUAUUUAUAGGUUGAAUUUGGAAUCCGUUAAUUGAUAUGCAUUGUAAAAAUUUGUUUUAUGCAUUUAUUUUUAAGCUUUAUUUUGAUGUUGUUAACUGUCUUUUCAAUCAAAUCAAAUUGUUGUAAAUCAUGAAAGUAAUUUUACUUGAUCAUUUAAAUAUAUAUUUCUCUAUCAGUGUUGAUUAUAAUCAGGGCAUGGAUGGAUUCAGGAUGGGGGGCAUUAAUUUAAAUACUUUUCUAUUGCUGUUAUCCUUUUAUUAAAUAUGAUUAAUUUCUAGGCCCUGAUAAAACUCAGUGCUUGAAGUUCAAAAUUUGUGCUGGAAACACCAAAUGCAAUAACUUGAUUUGGUGAGUUGAGUGGGAUACAUAGCUAUAAAGUUUUAGAACCUAAAGGACAGGAAGGUGAAAGGAAAAGAGGUAGCUGUAUAAAAAAAAAAAUAAGAGUGACAAUUUACUAUCAAAACUAAUUGUAGUGAUCACACAAAACCAACCAUUUUCAGUUAGUUCUAUUUGUAUAAAAUAUGUGAAAAUAAUGUUUGUAUAUUGAAAAAGUAUUUGAACUAUUGUUAUUAUGUUUGUUUCCAUAUCCAUAUAAUCAGGUAUAUUUACAAAGUGCUUAUUGAAGAAUACUUUUUUGAAAACUGUGUUAAGUUUUUGAAUCUUAUUGCAUAAUAAUUAUAAAAAAAAUACUGUAUGCUUUAUUUUUCAUGAAAAUCAUAUAUUAUUGUAGAUUGCAUAUAUUAUGAUAAAGGGCCAAUUGUCCUGUUAAAGGUAGUUUUAAAAUCUCUUAUGAUAUAAAUACAGUGUAUAAAUGCCAAAAAUUUGUGAUAAGAAUCAUCAUAUGAGAGUUGUUUUAUGUGAACUACUUGUUGAUAUGCAUUUGUUUCAAUUUAUGUUAUCCCAGCUUGUUUUACUCUAAAAUAUAUUUCACUUCGCUUACAUUUUGGGUCAUUCAUAUUUAAUAUUAGUAGUAUUAUUUAUGUUUAGAGCUAAUGGUGUUUUCAUUUCAGAUUCAGUAGAGUUAAAUUUCCUUUCAUAUGGUACCAUCUGUAAUGUAUUGAUAGAGGAAUAUCUAAGUGCGCUGUCAAAGUUAGGCACAUUGUUUUCUGGUCUGGCUGUUUGUCUGUCAGCCCAUCAAUUAUCAAGUAGUGUGUGGGGACAAUUAGUUGUGUUACUAGUAAAAAAAAAAGGAAUUGAUAAAUAAUUUAAAAAAAAAGGAAUUGAUAAAUAAAUUUUAAAAAAAAGGAAUUGAUAAAUAAAUUUAAAAAAAAGGAAUUGAUAAAUAAAUUUAAAAAAAAGGAAUUGAUAAAUAAAUUUUAAAAAAAGGCUUGAAAAAAAUUGAUCAAGAUAACCAUUGUCUUAGUUUAUGUGUUAAAGGAGCAAUUAGUUUUCAAAUCGAUGCUUCAACAUUUGUCAUUAUAUUGAAAAUAAUACAAAAAAUGUUUUGGUAACAUCACUGAAAGGGAAAUAGCUCUAACUGUACAUAAAUUUUAAAAGUUGGAAAAAGCUUUGCUAUAAAAUUUCAAACUGUUAAGUGUUUCUGUAAAACUGUGUUAACCUGUGAUACAUUGUAUGUUAUAGUGUAAGUAGUUUGAGAAAAAAAUGAAAUAUUGUUUUUAUGACUGUUUUGAUUUACUGGAAAUUAUAAAUAAACUGUCUGGCCUACCUUAAUUAUAAAUUUAUGGUAGUUUUGAUAGCCAAAUGAUUGAGCUAAAUAGAGCAAUAAAUAUAAUUAUUAGGUUAGAUUUUGUUAUAAUGUGAACUGCAACAGAUAGAAAUCGACCUUAUGCUAAUGAAUAUCAUAACAUCUGUUAAAUUAUUUCAGGUUGAAAAUUCUAGGCACAGCUUGCAACUAUUUCAAAAUUGAAAUGAUACGAAAACCCUAUAAAUCAGUAAAAAAAUCAUUUUUAUUUCGUAUCUGAAUACUGUAAAUUCAGAUAUAAUUGCAAGGUUAUUAUUAUUGCAAAAAAUGUGACAAUGUUGUAAACGCAAUAAUUUAAACUCGCAUUUUGAAAUAUUUUAUAUGAAUUAAAAAGGAUUUUACUCAAAAUUGUAAAAAUUACAAUCUCAUUUAAGUCUAAAAUGACAAAAUCGCAAAAUAAAUGCAUGCAAUAAUUUCUGAAUUUAUAGUAUUCCAAAAUCCAUCAAACACUUAUAGGCCUACUUGUACAUAUGGACUUGCAUAAAGUUGAUUUCUAUCCGCCACAGAUCAUAUUUUAUUGGUUUAUAAGUCAUGUUUGUGCCAUAUUUUACACUACUCAUGUUUACUCAAAGAAUUUCCUUAAGGUGGUACCUAACACUACACAGGGAGAUAACUCUGUAAAGUCAGCUAAACGUUUAAAUUAUGUUGUGUUGUGAUAUUAAGCUUCUCACUGAUUAAAAUUGUUGUCAGUCAAACUGCUAUAUAACCAGUGUAAUUUUUCUGACAAUCGGUUGGUUAAACAUUUUUGAUUUUUUUAUAUUUUUGUUAAAGGGUCAAAGUAAAUACUUUGAUAAAAUUUUAUGAAAAUUAAACUAGCCAAAUGAGUUUUAGUGAAAGUGUUGGGUACCACCUUAACACAAUUAUAAACAUAGUCUUUGUUUUACUUACUCAUAAAUGUUAGAGAAGUUGAAAUGAAUGUACUUGUUUAGUUUGUUUGUUGUCAACUUUAACUGUUUACACAAGUAUCAAAGUGGUUAGGUUUAUAAUUUAAAUCAUGUCUAUUUUUAUGUUGCUGCAAGGUGUAAGCAGUUUCAGCUGUGCAGAUGAAGAACAACAUUGCAAGUGUUGUUUUAAUGAUAUAUAAGUGUUUUUCUUUGUAUCAUGAAAUUGUUAUCCUAUUGAUAUCUCUUUUGAAUUGUGUCAUGUUUUGUCAUGUCAGGGCCUUUUAUAUCUUACUAUUUAUUAUGGGUUUACCUCAUUGUUGAAGGCCAUACAGUGCUGUAUAGUUGUUUCCAUCUCAUUCAUUGGUUAUAAGGGGAUAGUUUUUAUAUGACUAUAAAAAUGUUAUGGUAGUGUAUUGUCAGAAGACAGUUGGUUUGCGGACAAUAACUUUAGUAUAAUUAAAUUAAAAUCUAUUGAAUUGAAACACAAGGUUUAUAUCUACAAAAGGAAGGUUGGGAAUGAUUUUGGGGGUUAUAGUCCUAACAGUUUAGGAAUUAGAGACCAAAAAGACCAAGAGGCCCAAAAAGACAUUUUUCUAGUUUCCAGACAAUAACAUGUGUUUAAGUGUAUGGAUCUCACUGAAAUUAUACCGAAAGUUUCCAUACCACAAAAGGAUUGUUAGGAUUGGGGGGUUGUGGCUCAAACCUAAGAAUUAGGGGCAAAAAAGGGGGGGUGGAACGGAAAAACAAGGGUUUCUUGGUUAAUGGAGGUAAUCCAAAUAUAUUGAUUUAAUUCGAACAUAUUACCUCCCUUAAACUGCUUUAAAAUUUUGUUUAUUUUUUCACAUAUGAGUUUACAUUUUUUUUUGUAUAUAAAAAGGGGGGAGAUACAUUUUUGUUGUUGUCCAAAAUAAAAUAAAAAGGAGGGGGAGGUAAAAAAAAUAUUUUUAGGAGGGGGCAAUUUGCAACAGCAUAGUUAAUUGCACAAAAGCAAAUUGAGUAUAAAUUCAAAUCAUUUAACCAAUUCUAGGUUCUUUGACAGUUAUUCUGUGUCAAAAACCAAUUAUGUGUAAAAUACUACAAUCCAAAUUCAGACUUGUUUCAAGCAUGAAUAGUGUGUCGUUUUUUGCCCCAACAGAUCCUCCACUACCAAUCUGAUUCCGAGCAGGCCAAGGAUUUGCCUUUAUUACUAGACAAAAAUGUAUUUUUUUUGGGGGGGGGGACAUCCUUCAUAGGCAAGUGUGUAGUUUUUGUCUCGCUUGAUGGAGUCAAAUAGCGAGACAUAGGUAAACUGUUUCCGGCGUCAGCGGCGGUUGUGUCAACAAUGGUAUUAGUUUGUGAUUAGGUCUAGUUCAUGUUGCACCACUAUUGGUAGGUCAAAGAUAUUUGAUAUGCAGUUGAAUAAGUAUUGGCAUAUCUCAUUUCCAUGGAGAUUAUUUGGCCCUGCCCCCUCAGUUAUGGUCUUUUGACUUUGAAAUUUUUGCUUAGGUUUCAUGUAAUAGCUUUUGAUUAGGUUGGUUUAUUGGAAACCACAAGUGGUAGGUAAAUGAUAUUUGGUAUGCAGUUGUAUUAGCAUUGGCAUAUCUCAUCACCAUGGAGAUUAUUUUACCCAGCCCCCUCAGUUAUUGAUUAUUGACUUAGAAAUUUUGCUUAGUUGACAUGUAAUAGUCUAUUACAUAUUGGUUUGUGUUUAACUUUGUAUAAAGGGAAUUACUUAUAAAAUGAUAAGUCAUUGGUAUUUUGUUUGCAGCUGUAUUAGCAUUGGCACAUCUCAUUUCCAUGAAGAUUGUUUAGCCAUGUUUCUUCAGUCAUGUUUCUUUGACUUUGAAUAUUUGCAAAACUUACAUCUUAAGGUGGUACCCAACACUACAGGGAGAUAACUCUGUAAAGUCAGCUAAACGUUUUAAUUACGUUGUGUUUUAAAGGGAACAAUAAGCUUCUCAAAGAUCAAAAUUGGUGUUUGUCAAACUGCUAUUUAACCAGUGUUAUUUUUCUGACAAAAUGGUUGGUUCAAAAUUUUUGAAAUUUUUAUAUUUUUGUUAAAGGGUCAAAGUAAAUACGUUGUCCAAAUUUUAUCAAAAUUAAACGAGCCAAAUUAAUUUUAGUGAAAGUGUUGGGUACCACCUUAAAGUGUUUCUAUUUUAAUUUCAACAUUUGCAUUAUCGAAAUUACAAAACAGAGAGACAUAUCUCUGUAAUAAGACUUUUUUGUAAGACUUUUAAUUACUGGCAGAAGAAAGUCUUAAGAUCCUGUCCUAAAAGAUUGACUUAGAGUAUAAACUUGAUAUGCUGGGUUUUUUUUUUAUUCAGAUCAUUAAAUUUCAUUGGUAUUUUUAGACAUGAUGUUUACAUUAUUGGAUAAAAUAUAACUAUUUAAUGACCUCAAAAAUCAUAUAAACCCCAUUAUUAAUUAAAUGACUUUAGCAUUCAGUCUAAGUGUGAAAUGUUAGCUUUUUAAACCAACAAAUUCUGAAAAGAACUUUAAAUUUUGUUUUAUUAUUCUGUAAUUAAAUACAAAAUACUUGAUAUGGUGUCAGGGUAAAGUCUGUGGAAGAGAUUUUAAAAUCAAUGUAAAAAAAUAUAUGCUCAAUAUGAUUAAAGUUUCUUUUCUUUAAAAUCAAUUUUAAUUCAAAGAGGACUAGAGAUAGAUAUUUAAAUUUUAUUUUAGUUUAGAAUAAUAAUAUUAAAGAAAUUAAAAUUCCGGGAUGAAUAUUUUGAAUAGGCCACUUUUUAUGUCAGAAAAAAAAUCAUCAAAUUUUGGUCAAUUAUUCCAAUAUAUAUAUAAUAUAGAUAGAUAGGUCUGUUGUUUUGUGUGUUUAUGAUUUGGGGAGCGAUGGUGAUGUCAGGGGGUGAGUAAUGAAAAGAGAAACAGUACCACUAUAAUACCCAUUUAUUUUACAGACUUGUAUACACAUAUGUUAAACCUAAGAUUGAAAGAAAUACUGCCAUUAAUAUUUUUGUUGUAGAAUAGCUGAGGUCUGAUUGAGUGUAAAAUGUCUUUAAAGACACAUAUAUAGCAUCAGAGUUUGAUAAAAUCAAAGAAUACAAAACCACAGAAUAUCAAGAGAUUUUAAAGUCAUGUAUACUCAUCAUCAUAAAGAACAAAUGUUUGUCUUUUGUGAUUUCUUAUGUUUAAGUGCAAUAUGAUUUGUGUUUUAACCAGAUUGUUUUUAUUCAUUAACCAUGAUUGUUAAACUGAUGUAUAUGUGAUAAAUAAAGGCAACUAUCAUUA